AUGGUCGGCGGCAUGGUCUCUACCAACUGCAGCGGCACGAACGCAUUCCGCUACGGCACCAUGAAAGACUGGGUCAUCAACCUUACUGUCGUCCUCGCUGAUGGGAGCGUUCUGAAGACCAGAAGGCGCCCUCGCAAGAACUCUGCCGGAUACAAUCUGACAUCGCUAUUUGUCGGCGCUGAGGGAACGUUGGGGAUCGUGACGGAGAUCACUCUCAAGCUUGCUGUCGUGCCGCAGGACACCAGCGUGGCGGUCAUCUCGUUCCCGAGUAUCGACGAGGCUGCAAAGGCGGCGACGAAGUUGAUUCGAUCCGGAAUCCAGCUGGGAGCACUAGAAUUCAUGGAUGAAGUGCAGAUGCAGGUCAUCAAUCGGCACGGGAGCGAGGCUGUGCGUAGGACUGCGUGGGACGAGAGUCCGACUUUAUUCCUCAAGUUCUCGGGCACGACGGAUGCGAUCAAGGGCGAUAUUUCCAGGGUGAAGGGUAUCGUGCAGCCUUUCCAACCCCGGAAGAUCUUCUUUGCACGGGAUAAGCAAGAAGAAGCAGACUUGUGGGCCGCGAGAAAGGAGGCGCUUUGGACCAUGACCUCGAUCAAGCCGGAGGGUUACUCUAUGUGGUCGACAGAUGUCGCCGUACCGAUCUCUCGCCUCGCAGAGAUUAUCAAUCGAUCCAAGGAGGAUUCAAGCAAACUUGGACUCUUUGCGUCUGUCAUUGGUCACGUUGGUGACGGAAACUUUCACCAGGCUGUCAUGUACGAUGCGAAGAACGAACAGCAUCAGCGCUCGGUGUCCCAAUGCGUUCACGACAUGAUGAGCCGAGCACUUGAGAUGGAGGGAACAGUAUCGGGCGAGCAUGCCAUUGGUAUUGGCAAGAAGGAUUGUCUCGUGGAUGAGCUCGGAUCUGAGGCAAUUGACUUCAUGAAGACGCUGAAGCAGGCGGUCGAUCCAAAAUGGAUCAUGAACCCGGGCAAAGUCUUCGAUCUACCAGCUGGCUCGAAAGCUGUGGCGGCCAAAUGA